AUGGACAAUGAAAAAGAACUUUCUUUUCUCGUUACCGUUCUAACUCUCUUCAUCCUUUUUGUGAUAGUAUCAGGAGUGGAUCAAAGAAGACAAGUGAAACAAACAUGGUGUUCUAGACCUUUACCUAACCAAACUGGGAAAUGUAUCAUCGAAGAAUAUGAGUCUAAAUGUAGGCAGAAGUGGAAAGGGAAUCGUACAGAGGCUACAUGUCGUCACCAAUGCACUUGCCAUUUUCGUUGCCCCUGGCUUCAAGGUCAGGCCUGACAAAUAUGAGGCUAAGUGCAAUGUUGAGUAAAAAUUUUAAAUUUGACCUAAUUUGUUUAUCAUGUAAUUGUGGACUCUCAAAUAUUUUGCUUUAUUUACCUAGAAAAUCUAUUGAAAUUAAUUAU